GCAGGAAGUCCGUCACCUUCAGUUCUCAUUAGUCCCUCAUCCCUCUUUAAACGCCCUGUCACAAAAGGCCUGGAGCGUCCGGACCUUUGAUGAGACCCAUCCAGCUGCUGCCAGCUCAUAUGAACAAACACAACUCUGAGACUUUUACCCUGGCUCCUGACCAGAUCCAAAAGCCGUCUGCUUAAAAGAGAGGCUGUGACCUUAGCCUUUAGUGCUUGUAGUCAUCAGUAUUUCUAACACAGACGUCUGUUAAUCAGUAACUAAUGAUAAUACAUGUAGAAUAAGUCCCCUGCUUUUUAAAGUUGGAACUUACACUAGAACAGUAACUUGGGCUGCGUGGUGGCACUGUUGCCUCACAGCAAGAAGGCUGUAGGUUCAAAUCCCAGCUGGGGCCUUGCUGCUUGGAGUUAGCAUGAAUGUGUCAGUUUGCUCUAGGUUCCCCUGUUUCUUCUGUAGACCAAAUAUUAAGGUCACAGUUGUAGUUUGCUUUGGAUUAAAGCGUCUGCAGAAUAAACAAACAUCUCGCUGAAUUGCUUUUUUUGUUUAUUUUUUGCAAAGUUUCUGCCUUCCUUAAAUGUUAGUUUAUUUAGACAUAAAAUGUUUUACAAUAAAUAAUUGUUUCACUCAUCUUCACCUCUACCAAACUUUGCAAAAAUUGAGCUGUCUGUUUAAAAUAACGCCAGGCUGGAAAGUUCUCAUUUCUACUUUCUCAAUAACUUCCUUCCUGUCUCAGUGCCUCUCAUACAACUGUAAAAGCAUUCUCUACAAAGGGAGAAAAAGAAGAUAAGCACCUGGAGAUAACAUUGUGCAAAGUGAUGGGAAUUUCUGUGAGGCAUCCUCUAGAGAAGACAACACCCUGUUUACUAGAAUUAAGUUGGAGUUGGAUAAUCCCCUACAAGGUACACUGUUCAAGAGACCGUAAUGGUUUAGUCCAUCUCUACAGCUCCUCCCUUCCCUCACCCAUCCACCAUGUUCUUCGUGCUCCUCCCUCAAACACACCUUAUGCAAAUGACAUGAUUUUCAGACUGCACAGAAGGCUUUGUUUACACAGCUAUCCGACCGCGGCCGGUUAGCUUGCUCUGCAGUGCUGUGCUUCAGCAAAUGCAUGCUCAGAAUUUGGAGGGAAGAAAUAUUCAAUGUUCCUUUUGCCAAAACCACAAGGGAGUGCAACUAAAGACUUUUACUCCACUCAAGGGCCUCAAGUGUGGUCAAAUGAAGUAAAAAGAAGAACUUUUUUUUCACUUGAAAGUACUUUGAUUUAAAAACUAGAAAAACUUUUCCACUCUUACCCCAUUUCAUUGAAUGAGAUGGUACGUUGAGUGGAUGAAGAGAGGACUGGAGCUCUGAGGCUUGUGGUGUGCCUUAUACCGAGGAACAGCAGGAAACCCAAAAGGAGGAUAAACCAAAGAAUUGUGGAUAUACAAAACUUGACUUCUCCGGAUCCCUUCUAAGGAUUUUAUUCAUCGUAGAGAUUUCAUCAGCCGUGCUAUGUAGGAAAACUUCACUUUUGGAUAGUAAUAAUUUACUUAACGGGUCUAGGAAAACUACAAUGGAGUGGGACCACAGGGACCGAGAGCCCUGCUUGUCCCCAGCAGCAUUUGUUAACCAGGUACAAUACUCUAAUAUCCUGGAAGGACGAUUUAAACAACUGCAAGAUGAGCGUGAAGCGGUGCAGAAGAAGACCUUUACCAAAUGGGUGAACUCCCACUUGGGCCGAGUGACCUGCCGCAUAGGUGACCUGUAUACAGACCUCCGGGAUGGCCGCAUGCUAAUUCGCCUUCUCGAAGUUCUCUCAGGAGAACAGCUGCCAAAACCCACAAAGGGCCGCAUGCGUAUCCACUGCCUUGAGAAUGUUGAUAAAGCCCUGCAGUUUCUCAAGGAGCAAAAGGUCCAUCUAGAAAACAUGGGAUCACAUGACAUUGUGGAUGGGAACCACCGUCUCACCUUAGGUCUCAUAUGGACCAUAAUUCUUCGCUUCCAGAUCCAGGACAUUAGUGUGGAGACAGAAGACAACAAGGAGAAAAAAUCUGCCAAAGAUGCCCUGCUGCUUUGGUGCCAAAUGAAAACCGCCGGAUAUCCUAAUGUCAACAUCCACAACUUCACCACCAGCUGGAGAGAUGGUCUGGCGUUCAAUGCCAUUGUGCACAAACACAGGCCUGACCUGAUUGAGUUUGACAACCUGAAAAGGUCAAAUGCUCAUUACAAUCUGCAGAAUGCAUUCAAUGUGGCUGAGAAGGAACUGGGACUUACCAAGCUGCUAGACCCAGAAGAUGUAAAUGUUGAUCAGCCAGAUGAAAAGUCCAUCAUCACUUAUGUGGCAACCUACUAUCAUUACUUCUCAAAGAUGAAGGCGCUGGCCGUGGAGGGAAAACGAAUUGGAAAGGUGCUUGACUACGCUAUUGAAGCUGACCAGCUAAUAGAGAAGUACGAGACGCUGGCAUCAGAGCUGUUGCAAUGGAUCGAGCAGACCAUAGUGACUCUUAACGAUCGGCAACUGGCCAACUCUCUAAGCGGCGUGCAGAACCAGCUCCAGGCUUUCAACUCCUACAGGACUGUGGAGAAACCCCCUAAAUUUACUGAGAAGGGGAACUUGGAAGUUCUUCUCUUUACCAUCCAAAGCAAGAUGAGAGCAAACAAUCAGAAGGUUUACAUGCCGAGAGAAGGCAAACUCAUCUCUGACAUCAAUAAGGCAUGGGAACGGUUGGAAAAGGCCGAACAUGAGCGUGAGCUGGCACUGAGGAAUGAGCUGAUUCGCCAGGAGAAACUGGAGAUGCUGGCUGCCCGUUUUGAUAGAAAAGCAGCUAUGAGGGAGACGUGGCUGAGCGAGAACCAGAGGCUGGUGUCUCAGGAUAACUUUGGGACUGAUCUGGGAGCAGUAGAAGCUGCUACCAGGAAACAUGAAGCAAUUGAGACGGACAUUGGUGCAUACUGGGAACGUGUUGCUGCCGUCGAGGCUGUUGCCAAAGAGCUGGAGGCAGAGAGAUAUCAUGAUGUGCGCCGGAUUCUUGCACGAAGGGAUAAUGUGCUUCGACUCUGGGAAUACCUAAAGGAGCUUCUGGCUGCACGCAGAGAGCGUCUGAAUGCUCACAGAGACCUGCAGAGGCUAUUUCAAGAGAUGCGUUAUAUUAUGGACUGGAUGGCUGAUGAGAAGGGACGUCUGCAGUCUCAGGACAGUGGCAAACAUCUGCAUGAUGUCUUAGACCUGCUGCAAAAACACAAUCUGGUAGAAGCUGACAUUUCAGCUCAGGCCGAGAGGAUAAAAGCAGUGCAGGGAGCUGCCAAUCGCUUCACCUCCCACGAACAGGCUUACAAGCCGUGUGAGCCAGGGCUGGUUGCUGAUAAGGUGGAUCUGCUGGGCCAAGCCUAUGAGGAACUUAUUCAACUUGCUGGGAAUCGUCGGGAGUGUCUGGAGGAAUCGCGACGACUGUGGCAGUUUCUGUGGGACCUCGGGGAGGAGGCUGCCUGGAUCAGAGAACAGGAACAGAUCUUGGCUACUGGCGACUGUGGCCGUGACCUCACUUCUGCCCGUCAUCUACUGAGUAAACACGAGGCGUUCAGGGAUGAGAUGGCUGCCCGCUUCGGCCCCCUGAGUAACAGCAUUGCUGCUGGUGAAGCUUUGGUGAAGGAGGGACAUUUUGGAGCCGCUGAAGUCACUGAAAGAAUUCGAGAUGUCCAUGGGCAGUGGGCUCACUUAGAAGAGACAACUAAACUCAGGGAGCAGAGCCUGAAGGAGUCCGUGGCCCUGCACCAGUUUCAAACGGAUGCCAACGACAUGGAGGCAUGGAUCAUGGAGACCCUUAGACAGGUGUCCAGUCAAGAGGUUGGUCAUGAUGAGUUCUCCACCCAAACUCUCGCUCGCAAGCAGAGAGAGAUAGAUGAGGAGAUCCAAAGCCACCGCCCCCUCAUCGACUCCCUGCACGAGCAGACCCAAGCAAUGCCACAGGCCUACAUCCGUUUCCCUCAAGUGGAUGGUCGUCUGCCUGCGAUCGAGCAACGCUAUGAAGAGCUGGUGUCUCUGUCGGCAGCUCGGCGCCAGGCUCUGGAGGGUGCCCUGGCCCUUUAUCGCAUGUUCAGUGAGGCUGAUGCCUGCCAGCUCUGGGUGGAGGAGAAGGAGCAGUGGUUAGAUGGCAUGGAGAUUCCUACUAAACUGGAGGACCUGGAGGUGGUGCAGCAGAGGUUUGACACUCUGGAGCCGGAGAUGAACAACGUAGGAACUCGGGUCACGGAUGUAAAUCAGGUGGCUGAGCAGCUGCUGAGUUCAGAUAACUGCAGCAAGGACCAAAUCCAUCAGACUAAAGAUCAGCUGAACAACAGAUGGGAAGAGUUCAAGCAGCUGGCUGGUCAAAAGAAACAAGCCUUAGAGUCGGCACUCAACAUUCAGAACUACCACCUGGAGUGUAACGAGAGCCAGACCUGGAUGAAAGAGAAGACCAAAGUGAUUGAAUCGACUCAGAGCCUGGGGAACGACCUGGCAGGAGUGAUGGCACUUCAGCGCAAACUCACCGGCAUGGAGAGGGAUCUGGAGGCUAUCCAGGGUAAAUUAGACGGCCUGAGGAACGAGGCAGAAAAGCUGGCCCGCGAACACCCAGAUCAGGCCGGAGAAAUCCAAGGUCGCUUGGCUGAAAUUCAGGAGGUGUGGGAGGAGCUGAACACCACCAUGAAAAGACGGGAGGAGUCGCUAGGAGAAGCCAGCAAACUUCAAGGAUUCCUCAGGGACCUGGAUGAUUUCCAGUCCUGGCUGUCCCGCACGCAGACUGCCGUGGCCUCAGAGGACAUUCCCACCUCUCUGCCUGAGGCUGAGAGUCUGCUCGCCCAGCAUGAGAGCAUCAAGAACGAGAUCGACAAUUACAAAGAGGACUAUGAGAAGAUGCGGGAUGUUGGUGAGGAAGUGACCCAGGGUCAGACAGAUGCCCAGCACAUGUUCCUGGCCCAGAGGCUCCAGGCCUUAGACACCGGCUGGCAUGAGCUGCAUCGCAUGUGGGAGAACCGCCACAGUCUUCUGGCUCAAGCGUUUGAUUUCCAGACGUUCCUGAGAGAUGCAAAGCAGGCCGAGGCCUUCCUCAACAGCCAGGAGUACGUCCUGUCCCACACGGAGAUGCCCACCAGCCUACAGGCAGCAGAGGAGGCCAUUAAGAAGCACGAGGAUUUCCUCACCACCACGGAGGCCAGUGAGGAGAAGAUAACUGGCGUGGUGGAGGCUGGACGGCGCCUCAUUAAUGACUCCAAUGCAAACGCUGAUAAGAUUCAAGAAAAAGUGGAUUCAAUCCAGGAAAGGCAUCGUAAAAAUAAGGAGGCUGCAAAUGAGCUGUUGACCAAACUAAAGGAUAACUGUGAACUUCAGCACUUCCUCCAAGACGGACAGGAGCUCACGUUGUGGAUCAAUGAGAAGAUGCUGACAGCACAAGACAUGACCUACGAUGAAGCUCGCAAUCUUCACAGCAAGUGGCAGAAACACCAGGCUUUCAUGGCAGAGCUGGCCUCCAACAAGGACUGGCUGGACAAGAUAGACACGGAGGGUCAGGCACUGGUGGCAGAAAAACCUGAGCUGAAACCUGUGGUCCAGAAGACCUUAGAGGAUCUCCAGCACCAGUGGGAGGAGCUAGAGGGGAGGACCCGCACCAAGGACCAGUGCCUGUUUGAGGCCCACCGGGCAGAGAUCUUUACACAGAGCUGCUCAGCUCUAGAUGAUUGGCUGAAAAACAUCGAGAGCCAGCUGCACAGCGAUGACUAUGGAAAAGAUUUGACCAGCGUCAACAUCCUCCUCAAAAAGCACCAGAUGCUGGAGCAUCAGAUGGAGGUUCGAGAGAAGGAGGUGCAGUGCCUGCAGUCUCAGGCUGUUGCUCUGUCCCAGGAGGAGGCUGGACUGAAUGAGAUAGACGGUCAGCAGCAACGAGUCACUGACAACUUCUCCGACCUUCAGGAGCCUCUCAGACUAAGGAGACAGCAGCUGCUGGCCUCCAAAGAAGCUCAUCAGUUCAACAGAGACCUGGAGGAUGAAAUUCUGUGGGUGAAGGAGAGGAUGCCUCUGGCAGCUUCCACAGACCAUGGAAAAGACCUGCCCACUGUUCAGCUUCUGAUCAAGAAGAACCAGACAUUGCAGAAGGAGAUCCAGGGUCAUCAGCCUCGAAUCGAUGACAUCCACAGGCGCGGCGAGGAUCAGAGCCAAGUAGAUGGUGAGAGACAGUCGCUUCUAAAGGAGCGUCUUGUUGAGCUGAAGAACCUCUGGGACCAGCUGAUAGCAGAGACGGACCAACGUCACACCCGUCUAAUGGAAGCCCAUCGCGCCCAGCAGUUCUAUGCUGAUGCAGCCGAGGCAGAGGCCUGGAUGGGAGAACAGGAGCUGCACAUGAUGUCAGAAGAAAAAGCAAAGGAUGAGCAAAGCGCUCUAGUUAUGGUGAAGAAGCACCAGAUCCUGGAACAAGCACUGGAAGACUACGCCCAGACCAUUCACCAGCUGGCCAACAGCAGUCGCCUCAUGGUCAACGGUGAACACUCGGAAAGUGAAAGAAUCACCUUGCGACAAGCCCAAGUGGACAAGCUGUAUGCAGGCCUGAAAGACCUUGCAGAAGAGCGCAGAGGGCGUCUUCAGGAACGGCUGCGGCUGACCCAGCUGAAGCGGGAGGUGGAUGACCUGGAACAGUGGAUCGCUGAGAGGGAGGUGGUCGCCGGCUCUCAUGAACUAGGACAAGACUAUGAGCAUGUCACAAUGUUGAGGGACAAGUUCCGUGAGUUUGCUCGUGACACCAGCACUAUCGGCCAAGAGCGUGUAGAUGGUGUAAACGGGUUAGCAGAUGACCUCAUUGAGUCAGGUCACCCUGAGAAUGCCAGCGUGGCCGAGUGGAAGGACGGUUUAAAUGAAGCCUGGGCCGACCUCCUGGAGCUGAUUGAUACACGCACGCAGAUGUUGGCGGCUUCGUACGAGCUGCACAGAUUCCAUCAAGAUGCCACGGAAGUGCUCGGACGUAUAAAAGAGAAGAAGGAAGCUCUGGCCUCUGACCUCGGUCGUGACCUGAACACAGUGCAGCACCUACACAGACUGCACAUCACCUCUGAAAAUGACAUCCAGGCCCUCAGUGGACAGGUGAACCAGGUGCAGGAUGAUGCAGCACGGCUGCAGAAGGCCUACGCUGGUGAAAAAGCAGAUGAUAUUCAAAGGAGUGAACAUGCUGUGACGGCUGCCUGGGAGGGCCUGCUGCAGGCCUGUCAGGCUCGCAGGCUCCUCCUGCUGGACACAGUGGAGAAAUUCCGCUUCUUCAACAUGGUGAGAGACCUCAUGCUCUGGAUGGAUGGAGUCAACCUGCAGAUCGAUGCACACGACAGCCCACGGGAUGUAUCUUCUGCAGGGUUGGUCAUUGCCAAUCAUCAGCACAUCAAAUCAGAGAUGGAGACCAGAGCAGACAGCUUUACUGCCUGUACCGAGAUGGGAAAGUGUCUCAUUAACAACAAUCACUACGCUACCGAUGAGAUCCGAGAGAAAAUGGCUCAGCUCCAGGAAAAGAGACACAAGAUCAACAAGAAGUGGCAGGACAAGAUGGACCAUUUACAAAUAGUACUGGAGGUGCUGCAGUUUGGACGCGAUGCAUCUGUGGCAGAGUCGUGGCUGGCAGGGCAAGAGCCUCUUGUGCGAGCAGCAGAGCUGGGCACGAACGUAGACGAGGUCGAGAGUCUAAUCAAACGCCACGAAGCCUUUGAGAAACUCGCUGCAGCUUGGGAAGAGCGCUUUGUGCAGUUGGAGAAGCUGACUACGCUAGAGGAGCAGGAGAUGCAGAGGAGGCGAGAGGAAGAAGAGCGAGCACGGCGACCCUCGACCCCACCACCAGCAGAAGAGGUGGCGCGAACUGAGGCAGAAAGCCAAGCACAUGAUUCUGCAGCCAGAACAAGUCUGGACCAGACCACACUAAACCAGUCCGUCUCCGUAAACGGAGUACACAGCGACAAUGACACAUCUCAGCAGUCAUUAUCGCAGUCGUUGUCAGUGGGAAAGAAAUCAGAGCCUAAGCGUGUGUGUAAGCCCAAACAGCCGGAGCGUGGCUCCGAGUCCGAGUCAGUGAAUGGACCAGGCCGAGACAGCGGGCUGGCGUCUUCCCGCCUAGAGCCGUCUGCCACGUUGCCCAGCAGAGGCGGUGCUGACUCCGAGCCAGACAUCAUGGAGGGGGUUCUCUGUCGAAAACAGGAGAUGGAGUCCCACAACAAAAAGGCAGCUACCAGAUCCUGGCACAAUGUUUACUGUGUUCUUAAAAAAGGACAACUGGGUUUCUACAAGGACAACAAGACUGUCAGUAGUGGUGUUACAUAUCACGGAGAGAUGCCCAUCAACCUAGAAGACGCUGUUUGUGAAAUAGCCCACGACUAUAAAAAGAGGAAAAAUGUGUUCAAGCUCAGGCUAGGAGAUGGGAAGGAGUAUCUGUUCCAAGCCAAGGAUGAGGCGGAAAUGAGCUCCUGGAUCCGUUCCAUCCUGAACUCCAUUCCAGCAGGAUCAAAGGACUCCCCCCUAGGUCCCCGGCCCCUCAGCCGUGCCAUGACGAUGCCUCCGAUCUCCCCAAGCUCGGGGGAUGGCGUCACCAUGCGCAGCAAGGAUGGAAAAGAGAAGGAUCGUGAGAAGAGAUUCAGCUUCUUUGGCAAGAAGAAAUAGAACAUUCAUACAAUAAUGGAUGGGAAUCAAUAAUUCAACAAACUGUGGCAGAUAGAACAGAAGGUACACACAGGUCAUGCAAACACACUGCUCUCAGCACGGGCUCCCAGGAAUUUGUCGACAGCUUACAGAAAACACGUCACUUCCUCUCUGACUUUGGUUUUAUGUUAUUGACUUUCUGUUCACCCAGUUUGGAGUUCACAUUUAGCUUCACUCAUCCGGAGUCGGACGAGUCUGUUCCAGGUUUGGCUCCUCAGUAGGACUAUUUUAACGUGGAUGAGCAGUUAAAGGGAGCUGCCGUGAUGCCGGUAAAACUACGACUCUCCACUCAGCUGGACUACAGUUUAAAUUCCCCUCCGUUAAACCCUCUCCGUCUCUUUUUAUGUUCCUGGUGUUGAUGGUAUUAACCUGAUCGAUAUUAUUGAUAAUAUUAUUAUUUCUAUUUAUCUUUUGCAAUUGUUGGUUUGACAAACAGAAUUUAGUUCAUUAUUCUGAUUAAUGUUGUGGAAAGAAACACACUUGGUUCUGCUAGUAGAGUGCAUCGAGCUAGCUCUCGAAUUUAUUUGGUUUUGCUUUUUUUAAGGAACAAAAGCGACAAAAACAAAGCUCCAGUUUUAGCCAUGUGCUGUCAGUGAUCACAGGUUCCAGGGAGAAGUAAUAAAUAUAUUUAAUAAGUGUUUUCAUUUUAGUUAACCUCUAAUUUUUGCCUAUAUUUGAUUUUUCUUUUGAGUGAUCUUUUCUGCUUGAUUUUAAAUCUUAUUUUUAUUUUCUGUACAAAGCUGAGAGAUUAGUUUUCUAGUGUGUGUGUGUGUGUGUGUGUGUGUGUGUGUGUGUGUGUGUGUGUGUGUGUGUGUGUGUGUGUGUGUGUGUGUGUGUGUGUGUGUGUGUGUGUGUGUGUGUGUGUGUGUGUGUGAGAGAGAGAGAGAGAGCGAGCAUUGUGGUGCUGUGGAUUUAGCAUGUUUUCUUGUUUCUGAUUAAACCUAGAGAGAUGGAUGCUGCGUUUUGGUGGUCUAAUGCAGAUGUAAACCAGACAAACACAGAUGGAUAAUCCUGGCAUCAUUUCUCUUCCUUCUUGGUUUAAAGUUUGUGUAAGCUGAUAUUAACAUUCCUCUAGAUACUUUUUAGUUUCCGCCUUUUAAACCCUUUCUGUUCCUGCUAUCCACUUGCGCGAAGACAUGAGGGCCGUUUGUAGACGAGAUGCUGAAGUCUAGUGGCAGCCUGCAGGGAUGCCCGCAGGACGGAUGGACAUUAGUGAGGGGUGUAGAGGUGAAGUAAGAUGGGCAGUGAGAAAAUACGAUCUUUCCAACAGUAAGACGAGUCUGAGCUUUAGGUUUACUCUGAGCAUUUUUUUUAUUAACAGCCCUCCGUUCAAACAGUCUUAUGGGAAGUUUAAAAAAAAAAGUUAAAACUGUGCCCUGUGGCAAUGACCUGAUGUAUGUCAGUGGAUUAUAAACUCAGCUCUGCUGUAAGCUACAUCAGCGACAUCGACGAGGGAGAACGUGCUACGGAAAGUCUUUUUUGAAGAGCUUUUUUUUACUCUUAGGCGAAUGGCAUGAUCUUGUGUAGGUUUAUAUUUGUACGUGCAUCAUGGCCAUCUCUUGUCUUAACGUGCUCUGAGGACUUCGUCUUUCAGGUCCGGACUGCAGCUCAUUUCCUCGUCCGAGUCAGAUCGUCUCCCUUCUAGUUCAACGGUUUCAUCAUUAUUUGGACACGUAAGAUCUUGUGAAUGUAGGCACUAAUUAGUAAUCAGAUGAAUGUUACACCCAAGUGCUGCGAUGGUACCACCAGCUGGAAGUUUAAACAACUUAAUUUUUUUCUUCUACAAAGAGUUUUUUUUUCCCCAAAUUUAAGAGGAAAUUCCUAAACUUCCAGACCGACACUGAACGCUCCGGUCUAAACGUGAGAUCCCGUGUGUGUUAGAUCCUCUACAGCAUAGGAACCACACAGCAUACAUAAGUGAGCCAAAGUGAUUGGCACAGUUUUAAAUGGAGGGACCCCCCCCCCCCCCACUGCUACUUGCUUGCAUCAUCUAACAGCACCUAGUUUCAGCUCGGACGUCUUUCGGUGUGUAUUUCCAAAUCGGCUCAUCUGAAUGUGAAAAGGCCGAGCUGGUCAUGUGACGUAAGUCAGACGUGCUCUAGCGCACACCACAGCAUCCCAGGUCACCCAGGCCUGGAACGGUGUCCUCAGCUUGGCUGGGAUUUGAAUUUGCAUCCUCCUAAAGUAGCUGAUCUACGACCAGAGCAUGAGAAGUGUGCAUUAUAGAUGUCGGACAGCUUUUGGGUUCUUAAGCGAUACUGAUAACUCUAUACUUAAUGAAGAAGGAAACAGCUUUUACGUGUUAAUAGAUAUGAGUGAAUACAUACUGGUGAUAGUUUGAGCUUCCUCUUGUUACAAGAAGCCUGAAGAUUUGCUGUCCAGUGGGAGCUUGUGUAGUUUUCUUUUUUAAUCCAGCGGUUUUGUCUUGCAGCAUUUUUGAUGAGCCUUUCCUCCUUUAUCUUCAUUUCUCGGUACUUUUGACAAAUGUCUGUUCUUUCCUCUGUAAAUCAGAGUUGUUAAUACCACUACUUCAACUAUUAUUAUUAUUAUUAUUAUUAUUGCUAUGAUGAUCAUUAUUGCUACUGUUGUUACUGUUACUACUAUUGUUACUAAUGCAACCUAUUGCAAAAAUUACAACUGCUGUCCAUUUUCAGGUACGUGUCUGUAAUGCCAGACCCUUCCACACGAUGUCAGUGUGCUGUGGAGCAUUUUCAUUACCAAUCAAAAAUACUGUUUGUUGACUUGUGUAUCUACAUCUAAUUAUUAGGAAUAAAACAUGGUUUAACCAAUAA